GGGAGGGAGGGGUUGAGGCCGGGUGGUGGAGGUGGAUGUAGCGGGAUCUGAUCGCUGUAUAUUUUUAUAUUAAGGUUAUAAUUUGGAGCUGUUCUGACCGGAAGCUCUGCAUCUCUGUAGCCGCGCAGUGCAGCGGGCAGGCCGGCCGCCACAGCAGCUCAAAUACACAGUUUUGGGUCUUUUGUUGUCGUGAUUUUUCACCCCCGGCGUCGUUAAGGGGUUCCAGAAGAUUGUUCUGCUAUUUUGUAUUUUUUGCCUGUUUAUUACCGGACGCGCGCGCUGAGGAUGAUCAGCCUCCGUAUCUUAAUCCGCUCGAGCUUUCCCGGCUAAAAUAUUCUCUCAGGCUUUUUCUGACGUGGUUUUAAUAACCCCAGCAUCGACAAGGGUUUCCAGAACACCGAGACUGAACCCUUUUAACCCUUUAUCCUCGAGUUUUAUCCCGGCCUGAGUUUCUGGGGAGCCGGAUGCUCCGGACCAGCAGGAUGGAGGAGUUUGUGACCGAGGAGGAAGAGCCCUGGUACGACCAGAGAGACCUGGAGCAGGAUCUGCACUUGGCGGCGGAGUUGGGGAAAACGCUGCUGGAGAGAAACAAGGAGCUGGAAGAUUCUCUGCAGCAGAUGUACAUCAACAACGAGGAGCAGGUGCAGGAGAUCGAGUAUUUGUCGAAGCAGCUGGAGAUGCUGCGUGAGAUGAACGAGCAGCACGCGAAAGUGUACGAGCAGCUGGACGUGACGGCGCGAGAGCUGGAGAUCACCAACGAGAAACUGGUGCUGGAGAGCAAAACCUCGCAGCAGAAAAUCGACAGGUUAACCGGUACGAUGGAAAUGCUGCAGGGUCAGGUGGACAUGCUGACGGCUCGAGUGGAGGAGCUGCGGACUCUGGAGGAGCUUCGGGUUCGGCGAGAGAAGAAAGAGAGGAGGAAGACGGUUCAUUCGUUCCCCUGCCUGAAAGAGCUCUGCACCGCCCCCAGGUACGAGGAUGGCUUCGUUGUGUCGGACCCAGGCAGCGAUGACCUGCAGGUGCAGAACUCUGCAGACGAGGAAAACGAGCGUCUGCGCGGCGCGGUCGCGUCUCUCCGGGCGACCGUCGCGGCCGAGCGGAGUCGCCGGGAAAACGCAGAACGCGAGUGUGCCGCUGUGCUGCAGGAGUUCGAGCGGCUGGAGCAGAGGCUGCUGGGAGCCGAGGGCUGCCAGCGACGGGUACACGAGCUCGAGGCCGAGCUGCAAGAGAUGCAACAGCUGCGCAGGUCGCGCGCCCGACUCCUCACCGGCGAGGACGGCCUGGAGCAGACGCUGCUCAGCAGCGCUCCGGAGACCGACACGCCAGAGGACGCAACCGCUGCGGCACAAGAGGACGGAGGGUCUGGGGAGACGCCGGUGCGUAAAAGCUGUAGUGACACAGCUCUGGACGUCAUCUCCGCCGUGGACGCCUCGGGCAGACGCAAGGGCAGUUACGCGCUGCAUGCCAACGGCGUUCGCAAGCGCGGAAUGUCCAUUCUGCGUGAGGUGGACGAACAGUACCACGCGCUGCUGGAAAAGUAUGAGGAGCUGCUGGGUAAGUGCAGGCGCCACGAAGAAAGCCUGCGGCACGCCGAGGUGCAGACAUCCCGACCCGUAUCCAGAGACCCGUCUAUGAAGGAGUGCCGAGCCGCCGAGUCCCGGGAGCCGCCGCAGACGCCACCCUCCACGCCUGAGGCCAUGGAGGGCAUCAGCAGACAGGUGGAGGCUGUGGACAAGCGGCUGAGCCAGAACACCCCUGAGUACAAAGCCCUGUUCAAGGAGAUCUUCUCCCGCCUGCAGAAGACCAAGACCGAUAUCAACUCCACCAAAGGGAGAAAGAGUGGAAAAUAACCGAAUAACUGCGGAUUUUGCGAAACAUAACGCGCCACAAGUUUUACUUUCUAACCCAGGGGUUCUUUACUCCAUGGGCACCCACUGUCCUCUAUACCUUUCCCUGCUCCAACUGCUGAUGAGGAAGAUCAGCUGAUGAGGAAGAUCAGCUGGGUGGGGAAAACUGUAUAUUGUUUCAGUCAGUGGGUCCUCAUAAGUACACAGGAUGGGGGACUUCCUUCUAACCAACGGUGACUCUGUUUACACCUGAUUCAGGUUCAAAAGUCAAUGUUAAAAUUCAGAUGUACGAAUUACACUAAUAAAUUAUCUGAAACAGUUAAUGAAAUGAUUUUCAUUCAUUUGGUUUCAGACAAAAAGUGUUAUUUCUACUAAAGCUUUAAAAUUGUGUAGCAGAAACUCUUUUACAGCACAGGAAGCGGCUAAACGGAUACAUAACUACUUUCCGCAUAACGAGUAGAUUUGCAUAUUACGCUGCACACAGAUUUUAGUCCUGUUUUAAAACAAAAGUGGCUAAAAAUCUUAUCAGGAUAAAAUUCAGAACCUAAUCACAUUGGUGUGAUUAAAAAGUGGUUAAACAGGUAUAAACAGAGUCUUCUGUUGUGUUCUGUUUUAACUCCAGCAGGGCGGAUUUAUAACUCAGAGCCCCACAAUCCCAAAUUUUGAAUCCAACAUGGCCACCCUGCAUCUCAACAGUAAUAAAGCAGUAUUAAUAUUAUUACACAGUUUAUUAUCAUUACUGUAUAAUUAUAAUCUAUCCACUAUUAAAUCAGUCCAACAAACAGUACUGUACUACUCAAGUCUGUGAUUAUAUGGGGUUUAAUAUCUGCUAAAAAAAAUGCUUUAGCUAAAAACGCUAUUUUGGGACAAUGAUAAUCUGGGACAUAAAAGUGGAAAUGUGUUGGUUAGAUUCACCAUAAGACACUGGAAAGGAAUUAAAACACCUGUAUGACGUAGUGUAAAAUGAUAUGAAUGUUUAUCUGGUUAAAUUUAGCUAUGAUGUCACUCCAACUCCAGCAUUUGAAUUCUGAUGUAAACAGAACCCAACAUUUAAUAAUAACUAUAAAAAUUCAGAAAAGCUCAUUAAAAGUUAAUUUUACUGCAGUGCACAGUGGCUAUAGCUAGAUUAGCAUACUGUUGCUGCAUCUCAGAUCAGGAAGCGAGUUAUCAGAGUUCAGGUCUUUGGUUGUUCAUGUUGGUUUGAGUUGUGUUUCCAGUUCAUUGUUACUCUUACUGGAAAUUAACUGGGCAAGUUCUGAAAAGAUACAGCAGUUCUCUGCUGAAAAUUUCCUCUCUUUUCACACUGUAUCUGAAUCUGCACGACUGUGUUUAACUACGCCUCACUUCUGUACUCGGAUCUUUCCAAUAUUAAAGACGCUUUGCUUAUAAA